UCUCCUUGCCCCUUGUUUCUCCUCGGAUGGUUCCUUAACGCCCACAGUGGUGCUGGAAACAUCCGUGGGCUGGCACAGACAGGACCAGGAUGCUGGAAUCUGUGGGAAGGCCAAAGGAGUGGGUUGUAAGGACAUGCUGGAAGUUUUGGUUUGGCCCACACGUGAGCUCCAGCCAACCUUGAAAAAGAGCCCCUGCUCCAUUUGAGGAGGACACGGGAGUUUCAUUUGUGUUUUUCCACGUUUUGGGGGAAAGGCUGUCUGGACUUGCUGUUGUUUCUCCAGUUGUUGGGUUUCCUCUGCCUUAUGGAAUACGAAUUUUCCUGUGCUCUGCAAUGUGUCCUGACACAGAUUCAUCCAUGAAAGCUUGUUUUAUGAAGACCAACAUGAGUGAAUUCCUGGUGCUGUUAAGAAAGGGAUGGCUGGAUACUGCCUCUGGAUGUAGGAUGGAUAUGCAAAUAUCUCUUGGCUUUUUUCUUCUGUGGAUGACCCUGCCUUUGAUUUCUUGCCUUUUUGUCCUCUAAAAAUUAAGGAUAAUCUUAUAUCUAUCUGGAAAUCAGUGGAUGUUCAGCCUGCUCUGAGCUCUAUCACAAUUCUCUGCAAUUCUUCUGCCUCAGUUUCUGUGUGUAUAUAUAAGGAAUACAACUUUCCACACAGAAUUGGUUUGACAUUUAUUUGCAUUCAGAAAAUCCUUGGAAGACCAUGUUUGGAAAUGCUAAAAAAUCAACAUGAUGUUUAUUUUAAUUGCUGUUGUGAUCAAAGAGGACUCUUCAGCUCCAGGUCUGUCAACACACCUUGGCCUGCCUGAUCCCUGCCAGCUCAUAUCUUGGUCCAGCAGUGAAAAUUUUGGAAUUUUCUAAUCCUGUCUCUUCGUUCUUGUUCAGAGCAAAACUCUGGGAAGUGCAGGAGCCUGCUUCAGGCUGAUGGAUUAAUUUCUACCACCCAAGUGAAAUCAAACUCAGGCCAUGGUGAAAUUCCACCCUGCUUUUUUACCCCCAGGAUGCCAUUCUCCUUCCUCAGGGAAAUCACUAUGGAGCUGCUCAUUUUUGCCAGUGCUUACCCCUCCCACUUCAGCCAGAAAUCCCUGAUCCUCUUUUUUCCUCUGCAGAGCUACUUUGCUGCCUGUGAAGAUGAGACACCGGCCAUCAGAAACCACGACAAGGUCCUGCAGCGGCUGUGUGAGCACCUGGACCACGCUCUGCUCUACGGACUGCAGGAUCUUUCCUCCGGGUACUGGGUGCUGGUGGUUCACUUCACGCGCCGGGAAGCCGUCAAACAGAUCGAAGUGCUGCAGCACGUGGCCACCAACCUGGGACGCACAGAAGUUUGGGACCAUCGAGGCCACUUUUGAUGCAGGACCAUGCCCAGAUCUGCUGUGCCUGCUUAUCCAAGCACCUGCAAUGUCCUGGGCCUGCACUGGCCGGGCCUGGCUGUACCUUGCCCUCAACGAAAAUUCCUUGGAGAGCUACUUGAGGCUGUUCCAGGAGAACCUCAGCCUGCUGCACAAGUACUAUGUCAAGAACGCCCUGGUCUGCAGUCACGAUCAUCUGACCUUGUUCUUAACACUGGUGUCCGGGCUGGAGUUCAUCCGCUUUGACUUGGACCUGGAUGCUCCAUACCUGGAUCUGGCCCCGUACAUGCCGGAUUACUACAAGCCUCAGUACCUGCUGGACUUCGAGGAGCGCCUGCCCAGCUCCGUGCACGGCUCCGACAGCCUCUCCCUCAACUCCUUCAACUCUGUCACCUCCACCAACCUGGAAUGGGAUGACAGUGCCAUUGCUCCAUCCAGUGAGGAUUAUGAUUUUGGAGAUGUCUUUCCAGCAAUGCAGACCAUGCCCAGCAGAGACUGGGAAGAUGGAGACCUGACGGACACGCUGAGCUGCCCGCGCUCCGGCGCCUCGGAGGCGCAGGGCGGCAGGGCCAGGAGCCCCACGCAGCGCCACAACCCCUUCAACGAGCAGGCGGCCAACGCCGCGUCCUCCGCCGACACCACGCCCGUGCACGCGGCCGCCCGGGACGGGACAGAGGCCACCCCCGAAGGAACCGACCAGUCCGAGAGCUGCACGGAGCUGGAGGUCAUCAGGUUAGCCAAGAAGAAGAAGACAGGCAAGAAGAAGAAGGUGAAGCCUGAGGAGGCAGUGAACAGUCCAGCGCCCGAGGCCAGCGGGGACAGCGGCAUCAACGGGCUGAGCGACAGGGAGGAGCCGCCGAGGGACAGGGAGGAGCCGCCGAGGGACAGGGACGGGGACAGGGAGGAGCCGCCGAGGGCCGGGGGCCCUGCUGCGCUGGGCGGGCCGGAGGAGGGCGGGGAGCGCGGUGCCCUCGGCCCGCUGGCCCUGCGCAUCCCCGAGAUGAAAGAUACGUCCAUGGAGAGCGUGGGGCAGCCCCUGAGCAAGGUCAUGGACAGGCUCAACGGGCAGCUGGACCCCGGGGGCUGGACCGCCGCCCUGGAGCCCCCUGGGCAGCCCUUUCGGACUGGCACGCCAGGGGAGACCCCAGAUGGAUCGUCCUCUGGCGACUUCAGCGAGGGGAUUUCAGCCCCCAUGGACUUCUACCGAUUUACCGUCGAGAGUCCAAACGCUGCUGCACCAGGUGGUGGCCACCAUGACCCUCCAGGGCCUGGCCAACCGCCACAUGUUUCUGGUAGCCCUGAGGCUCCUAAAGAAGAAGAAAAAAGCAGAGAAGGAGAAGCAGUUGGGGCAGUAGAGGAGUUUGAAAGGGCAAGUGAUGAACCUCAGACUAGCCAGACAGAAAGCACCAACCCACAGGCUCUCUGUGAGCCCAAGAAGGAGCAGCCCAGCCCUUCCCCAAGCAGCGCUGAGGACUCUGGGGUGGAGGAAGGGCAGGGCAGCCCCUCGGAGCUGACCCAUCCCUCCGAGUUCAGGGUGGAUAACAACCAUCUCCUCCUGCUGAUGAUCCACGUCUUUCGGGAGAACGAGGAGCAGUUGUUCAGGAUGAUUCGAAUGAGCACGGGGCACAUGGAAGGGAACCUGCAGCUGAUCUAUGUCCUGCUGACGGAUUGCUAUGUGUACCUGAUCCGGAAAGGGGCGGCGGAGAAGCCGUACAUGGUGGAGGAGGCCGUGUCCUACAACGAGCUGGAUUACAUCUCGGUUGGGCUGGAUCAGCAGACAGUGACGCUGGUGUGCACCAACCGGAGGAAGCAGUUUCUGCUCGACACUGCUGACGUGGCUCUCACUGAGUUCUUCCUGGUCUCCUUGAAGUCAGCCAUGAUCAAAGGGUGCCGGGAGCCCCCUUAUCCCAGUAUCCUCACUGAUGCCACCAUGGAGAAACUGGCACUUGCCAAGUUUGUGGCACAGGAGUCCAAGUGUGAGGCCUGCAGCGUGGUUGUGCGUUUCUACGGCCUCGUCCACUGGGAAGACCCCAUGGAUGAGGUGCUGGGACCUGGCAGCAGCAGCUGCUCCUCUGCAGAAAAUGCCGUGACCAAGGAUGGCAUCCUGCACUACAAGGCAGGCACCUCCUACCUGGGCAAGGAGCAGUGGAAGCCCUGCUUUGUGGUGCUCAGCAACGGGAUCUUGUACCAGUACCCAGAUCGGACGGACGUCACCCCUCUGCUCUCCAUCAACAUGGGCGGCGAGCAGUGCGGGGGAUGCCGGCGUUCCAACACCACCGACCGGCCCCACUCCUUCCAGGUGAUCCUGACGGACCGGCCCUCCCUGGAGCUGAGCGCUGACAACGAGGAGGACAUGGCAGACUGGAUGCAGUACUUCUGCCAGGCUGUCUCCAAAGGGGUGAUCCCCCAGGGUGUUGCCCCCACGCCGUGCGUUCCCUGCUGCCUGGUGCUGACAGACGAGAAGGUUUUCACGUGCCACGAGGACUGCCAGACCAGCUUCUUCCGCUCGCUGGGCACCGCAGAGCUGACGGACAUCACUGCCGUCUCCACAGAGGCUGGCAGGGAGUACUGCAUCCUGGAGUUUGCUCAGGACAGCAAGGAGUUCCUGCCCCCCUGGGUCCUUUAUUUUAGUUGCACUACGGAACUGGAGAGGUUUCUGUCAGCACUGAACAUCGCGUGGAGGAACAUCUACCAGGUCGAUCUCCAGCAGAAGGCCAUUGUGGAUGCUGCUGUGAAGAAGAAGUGUGAGGAUGCCCAGAGCCUCAUCGACAGCGCCUGGCAGCGCAGCGACAGCCUGUGCCGGGGCCGGGCCGAGCGAGACCCCUGGUGCUGACCGUGGCCAGGGGAGGACAGUUCACGGGAGCCCAUUUCUGGGGAUCAGGGCCUGUACCUGGCCAGCUGGCACCCCAAACCCUCCUGACAUCGCUUGGUCCCCACCAGGGCCAUGCCUGCAGCGUGGACCCCACGCUCUCCACCAAGCCAGGGACAUCCAGCAUGGUUUGGGGAGCAGCCAGACGCUUCACCACCUGCGCCUUCCUCCUUGUCCAGCUGCCACAGGGCAAAUAAUUUGCCUUUCACAGAAUAAUAUCCCAGUAGUAGUGAGGGAGAGGGUGGGAGCGGGGUGGGCUGGGACGAGCAUCCCCGUUCUGGUGGGGAGCAGGACUGAGGACUUGUUCAUUUUCGAACAGGGCCAGGGUGAGGCAGGAACACUCAGUUGUUGCCAUGCAUGUUUUCUUGCUCAUACAAUCACUGAGGACGGCACCCCUCUGCCUCCUUCUCCUGGAGAGCUCCGGGGCCUCCAGAGCUCACUGAACCACUCUCAGCCUGCACAGGAGAUUUGAGGCUAGGGAAGAAGGAACAGGGCCAAAUAUUUGGCUUAAACAUGGUUUUAGGCGAUCUUAGCAGCCGGUUUGUGGUUUGAAUGCUGGCCCUGUGCACUGGCGAGAAGAGAUGGAGUCCCACGUUCUUCAGGUGUCCUGAGGGACGUUGUCACAUGGCUGCCACCAAACAUGUCCCCAUCUUCUCAGCUCACUGCAUCCGAGGCCAGCAAGGACCCAUUGCCACUUGCGCUCCACAACGAGCACUUUGGGGCACAACCCCAGCUUUUAAAUAAUAUUAAUAAUAAUAAUUAAUAAUAAUAAUAACGUGGAGACCUUCUCAUGUAAUAUACGUUCACGGGGCCUUUUUCUGGGAGGAAACGUACGUGACUGAAUGUAUAUGUACAUACAUCUGCUUCCUUUCCCCCCUCCCCAAAUAAAUGAACCUUGAUAACUCA